UUGUAUGUAAUGUAUCCUAAUAAAGUAAAUGUACAAAAGCCAGUGGCUGUAUGGGCCCAACCGGAGCCUCUCUCUCUCUCUCUAUAUGACUAUGAUAUGACCCCUCCCUCCUCCCUUUUCAGCCGUUGGAUCGUCCUUUCCCCAGUAAACAAAGUGAGCUCCAACCAUGGUCGCUUUUCACUCAACGCUCUCAAACUCAAAAAAGUGUACCCUUUUUUCCCACAAUUCUUUCUCUGCUUGUGAUUCUGAUUUCUGCUGCAUAUUCCGCACAACUCCAGAAAAAAGUCAGUUUGGUUUCUCCUUGUCCCAGUUAACAUUGUUCUUGUUAUUCCCACCCUCACCCUCACCGUCACCGACAUCCUGCUUUUCUAUUUUCGUUUGUUGCUGGCAGUGGCAGUGGCAGUGGCAGGUCAGCUACUCAAUUUCAAGAACCUGAUUUGGUCGCUUCGCUUUCUGGGAAGCUUCUGAGUGUUGAAUCUAAUACUACACUAUGCAAAAUUGCAUUUGACCAGCCAUAUGGAGUUUCAUUUAGAUUCUGGUGAAGAAUCAAAUGAACAGAAAAUGGGGGAACUAAAUACUUGUUUGUUGCCCGAAGCAAAACAAAGGGAGAAGUUGGGAUCCAUAUUGAACUUUGAGAAGUGUGAAAGGUUCUAUGGUGAUUUCCAUCCACAAGUUCCAAAACAUACGAAAAACUUUGAAGGGUUCCAUGAGAAGCAGCAUGUUGAAAGGAAGUUAGGUAGAAGUGAAGAGGUUGUUAAGUACAUGUCAUAUUUGCCUAGUUUUUUGGAGAAAGGAGAAAAUCCCCAGGAGAAACCUUUCAACAUUGGGGUCCUUGACUGGCACCAGCUUGAGAAGUGGCAAUGUAACUCUAAUCACAUCUCUGGUAUAAAUAGCAAGCACCCACAAUUUACUAGCAACAAUUCGUCAUUUAUCACUUCGGAAGGGUUGUCGUCCCAUUGUUGCAGAGAAAAUAUGUUGUUUCCUCAUCAGCAGGGAGUAAAUCAUCAUGCAUUGUCAUGCCAUUCAAAUGCAACUCCAACUGAAGGCUGUUCUAGCAGCACCAAACUUCUCGCAGGAAAUGGAGUAAAGUUCCCAGACGGCAAAGCUUGUUCAAUUAAUCCCUUGAAAGCGCAGCAGAGCGUGUUGCAGGCAUCUCAGUCUUCUAGUCUGGACACUCUGAAUGGGCUAAUAGAUAGAAAAAGUAAAGAUUCAGCCCAAGGGAGAGUUCCUGGCACAAGAUGGCGGCAUUUUGAAAAGGAUUCUAUCAUUUCUGGUUUAAAAGGGAAUGAUGGGAUGCAAAAAAGGGAAGCUUUGAAGGCUGAACGGCUGGUUCCAAGUUUUAUUGUUACGGAUCAUGAUUUCUCUGAGAGACACAGACCAGUAGUGCUCGAGUCAACAGAUGAUACAGGAAACAGACAUUUUUCACUAGACCAUAAAUCUGAGUUCAAAGUGGACAACAAUAGAUCUUUGCAAGCAAAUUGCCACAGCUGCUCUAGAGGAUAUACUGGAAACUUCUGCCAUAUUGAGUUUGCAUCUGAUUGUGCUUGUUUCCACUCCCUUCCGGAUGGAAGUGGCAAGACCAAGGGUGCGCAUGUAAAGCAAUCCUGCGCUAAAGAAAUAAGGAGUAUUAACUGCCCAUCUGGUAAGGAACAGACAAUACCAUUGACUGGAAGUGAAAUUAGUCCCUGCAUAAGAAAGAAACUGGAAGAGAAGAAUUCAGGUUCAAAGCCGAGAAACUUAGCUGAAGAAAAGGUUUUUCAGGUGAAAGUGAGUAUUGCAGAUUCCACCACGGUUGAGAAUUCCUCACCAACUCAUCAUUUCAGCUCUGGUGUGGGUAGAAUUUGCAACAGUUCCAGCUCAAACUCAUUAGCUAUACCAUAUCCAGUUUCCAGAGAUGAUCCAAAGGUAACAUCAACUUCAGCUAGUUCCAGCAAUUCAACUUGUGAAAAAUCAAAUGCUACCAGCAGAUCUAGAUCUAGUCCUUUGCGAAGGCUUCUUGAUCCGUUAUUGAAGCCAAGGGGUAGUGACUCUCAUGACUUCGACAGAUCAUCAGAGAGAAAUCCAUUGAAAACUGAUAAGACCAAAAAAUCAUCAGGCAGUCAAAGAGAAUCUCCAGCUUUGCAUUCAAUUAAAAUAAGAUUCGAUUUAAAGGGCUGCAAAACAGAUGAUAUUAUUGGAACCCAUAAGGCAGAGAAGAAUGGAUUAGUGAUGAUGCAAGCACUCUUGCAAGUAGCUGUAAAGAAUGGCAAUCCUCUGUUCACAUUUACAGUUGAUAAUUGCACUAAUAUUUUAGCAGCAACAGUUAAAAAAUUGAGUUCUAAGAAAACUGCUCCAAGAUGGGUUUAUACGUUCUUCUCUUUCAAUGAAAUGAAGAAAAAGAAUGCUUCUUGGAAAAAUCAAGGAUGCAAGGACAGAAAUCAUGGUUAUAUACCGAACAUUGUUGCACAGAUGAAGGUUUCUGAUAUUCUGUGCACUAAUUCAAAUGGAAAACGUCCUGUCAGUAAAUCUUGUGUGAGGGAGUUUGUUUUGUCUUCUAUGGGGACACAAGACAUAGAUCAGAAAUCAGGCCCAUUAACAGGUGAUGAUGAGCUCGCUGCUAUUGUUGUAAAGUUUCUGGAAAGGGUUGAUGAACAAUCAAAAGAAGAUGGUCAGUGGAGGGGUACCUUCAAUAAGCUAUCAGUGAUAGGUCUAAAUGAGCCAUUUCAAGAAGUCAAAAGCUGCUCAAAUUCAAAAGAUGACAAAGGGAAUGAAUCUGCAAGUAAUGACAUUUUUAGCUUGACAGUUAUACUUCCUAGUGGUCAUCAUGGGAUGCCCAGCAACGGAGAACCGUGGCCGCUAAUUGAAAGAUGGAAAUCAGGCGGAUCUUGUGACUGUGGAGGCUGGGACCUUGGUUGUCGCAUAAGAGUUCUUGCUAACAGCAAUCAGUCAAGCCAGAGAUCUAAUUUAGCAAAAUCCCAGUCGAGCACCUUCAAGCUUUUCUCUCAGGAAGAAACUGAAGAGAAAAAGAGGCCCGUAUUCAUCUAUUCACCAUUUGAAGAUGGAAUCUUUUCAAUCGAGUUUAAUUCAUCACUCAACCUUUUACAAGCAUUCUCCAUUGGCAUAUCAGUUCUAAAUAGCCGGACAUCAGCCAUGUUAUCAACAAAUGCGUUUGGAGUCAAGAUAUCUGAAGAAAUCACAUGAUCUGAAAGCAGUCUCAAAAACCUGUUUGAGGUUUUUAUAAGAUGUCUUACACUCUCAUCUUUGCCCGGUCGGAAAUAAGAUUGUGAAUUUGCAUGAUCGGGUAACGUUUAGGUCGCAAUUUCUGCUUUUAUACAGUUUAUUGGGGAUAGAGAUAUACAAUGUCCUAUUCAGUGGAAGCCGUAUGCAUGGCUUACCUCUUGAGAAUCAAGAGGUUUGUAAGAGUGUGGUCCAUUAGUAGCCAAGACAGAUUCAUAGCUUAAUGGUUGAUGUUCUGGAUGUUUAUGUAUUUUACAUGGAAAAUCAAUUUUAGUAAUCAUUCAUGAGUUGUUGUUUGUUAUUAGGAUGGAUUUCAAAUCAAGUAUGGCUAUAUUUGAAA